GCGCGUAUAUAACGUAUAUGGACACGUCAGGAAAAAAACUUUAGGAAGCCCAAACAAUGAAAUUUGCACAAUCGGUUUGAUUAAAAUCUUUUGCCUAUGAGCAAGCAGCUCCAGAAAGGGGCACUCAUCGCUAAGAUGGCUGCCGCCAUGAUGAAGAGAAAGAUGGAUAAGAAGAAAAGAAGGUUAGCCGAAUUAAGAGACAUGCAGGAGGACUUAGUAAGUUUCUACAGGCAACAGUGCUAUACCCUACCUCUGUCACCUUUAAUGGAAGAAAAUGACACACCUAUCCUCGAAUUCUACGUCAAACCAGAUAUAAAUUCUGUGGAAACUGUGAGAUUGUGGGGAGGUGGCAAAGAAGUUAGAUCAAAGGUUACAUCAUUGCAUGAUGUGUUUUACAAGGAAAAUGAACUGUGUCGUGAAAUUUACCUUAUUGCAGAUUCGGGAUUUGGGAAAACAGCAUUUAGUAAACGGCUCGUUUUGGCAUGGUGUCAAGCCAAAAAACAUAUCCAAGAUGAGGAAGAAUACUUUGAUGAGGAAGCUAUUGCAACCAUGUCAGAGUUUGAUCUUGUGUUCUUUCUGUCAUUACAUGAUUGUUCAUUGAAACAAUAUGACAUUGAUGACAUGAUCUUAAAACAAAUAAUUCAAGCGCUAGCACACACGUCUCUUACAAUGAAUGAGCUUGAAAACCUUCUUUCUCGGGUCAAAUACCUUGUGAUUCUGGAUGGUUUGGACGAGUGGACACACCCAUUGCCUGUCAAUAAACAAGGUCACAGUGAUAUUCCACACAGGAAAGCUAGGGAAUGUACAAUCCUCACAACAAGUAGACCAUGGAAGUUUGGUAUUAGUAAGAUACGUUCAAGUGAAAUAGAGCGAAAGUUGGAACUUGUCGGACUUUGUAAAGAAUCUGCUAAAAGUUUGAAGAAGAGUGUGAUCUCACUAUUGUGUGGUAAAACUGACGUAGAAAAAAAUGUUCAUGACUUUGAUCUCGCUGUCAGUGAUAGAGGCAUUUCAGAUUGGGAAACUACUCCGCUCCUACUGACGUAUCUUCUCUGCUUAUGGUGUGAUGUUAAAGAUCUAGGAAGAUCUAGAACUGAGUUAUAUUGUCAAAUUGUAGAACUGCUUCUAAAACACACGUUUGGAAAGUACCCUGAAAUGCAACAGUCACACGAGCACUCCCCGAGUUAUAUCCCGCAAUGCUUCAGUAAACAUGAACAUUGUACUAAAUACAGCAUAUAUCUGAAAGAUUUGGCACAAUUGGCAUUUGGAACUUUAUUCAGUGAAACAAAGGAAAGCACACUUGUUUUCCUCAAGUCAGUUGCUGAUAAGUAUCUGUCAAAAGAUUCUUUGAAAUUGAGUCUUCACUUGGGACUAUUAACGCAAAGUACAGAAAAGACAUUAACCAAACAAACUUCCAAAGUUUCUUUUGCUCACAAAACAGUGCAGGAAUUUUUUUGCGCAUUGUAUAUUUGCUGUCAAAAUGAAAGUGAUGUCAAAAACAUUGUUCAAAAAUACUGCAAAAGUUUGCAAAGUAUUCUGGACAUGUCGACAGUAUUCGCUUUUAUCAGUGGAAUGAACGCAGAUAUCAUUUCUUCAAUAUCACACCAGUUCAUGUCUGUGAUAAGGGAAGAUGAGAUAACGAGCGAAUACAGGUCUACAACUGAUCGUGACUGUGAACCUCUGAAAGACAUACAAGACAUGUACAUUUCUUGUUUAAAAGAAAACACGAGCAGUAAGGAACUCAAACUUUUCUGCCAAGAUUUUUUCGUUAGCUAUGAUUGUCAAGAAGAAAAAUACUUCCCAUAUUUAACACGGCUCGUAAAAAACAACCAAAACAACAUGGAGUCAGUAAAUAUUGACACAGAAGAUGGUCAUAGUCUACAUGAAAUUAUUAAUAAUUCAUUUGCAGUCAACGAACUCUUCAGCAUCAAUAAAAUAUUCUACUGCAGUGAAGAUGAAAACACGCACCUUCCUGUACUGUUAUACAGGUCACCGAAAUGUGUCACAGUUAUGUCGUCAGGUACUUGGAGCCGUGAAAUACCAGAAACAUUACAGAAUAAUUCUCUGUUACAAGCAAUUCAUAUCUGUAAUUGUGAGAUGAGUCAUGAUGUACUGAAUGACUUCCUGAAUUACAUUAUGAACCGAAAAACAAUGACAGAGAUUAGAUUGGAGCUCGUAUUGUGUACCGAGCACGAUGAUUCGUGUACUUUCAAUUUGGAUUUUUGUCAUCAUUCAGAUCUACGGAAAUUAGAAUUGUGCAUGAUACCUAAAGUGUCACAAUUGACAGUUAAUAGCCAAGUGAAAAAAGUGAAGUUGUUUGGGAAUAUCAAUCUAGAUGAAAGGUCCCUGCCUCCUGAAAUGGUAAAUAUUGAACUUGUUGAGUUGUGGGAUGUAAACAUCUCCGCUUCAGCAUUCCGUCUUCUCGUUAAGGCAGUGGAGAAACUUUCACACAAAGUGACAGUAAAAAUAAACUGUUGUAAUAUAGCACCGAGAACAGAGUUUGAAGAUGUUAAACAAUAUAUACGCUUAUCUCAGAAUUUCCGAGUCGUGGAGAAUGAACGUCGGAGGUUUGAGUUUGAAACAAAAGUUGAAAGUUAAGUUACUAAAUAAACUCGGACUGAUAGUGUAAAUAUUUUAUUAACGCUUUUCAUUAUACCCCCACCACACGUUUGGGGAGUGGGCUAUAUAGGAGUCAGUUUUGUCGCGUCCCGUCAGUCGCAAAAUCUAUUAUCUCAGUUAUUACUAAAUGGAUUUGAUUCAAACUUAAAAUAGUUGUUCCACCUCAUCACCCACAUCAUGUGACAUAAGGUGCUUAACUCUGACAUCAAUUUUUAGCUCACCUGAGCAAUGCUCAAAAAAUAACUCAGUCUUAAUUAACGAUCAUGAUUUUCUUUUAUUUCAACCAUUAUUAAGUCACCAAAAAAUGUGUUUAUAACAUAUAAAAUAGACAAAUAUUUUGUUAAUUAGCGUACAUUGAAUAAGCACGAAAAAAUACAGUCAUGUAAUUUCAUCAAUAAUAAUUACGGAUAUAAUCACACAAGAUUUGUUUUCAAACAGUUACCGGUAUUCUACGUACGUUUUGCUCAGUCAUUAAAAUCCUUCGAACUCACUAUCGGAAUCACUGUCAUCUGCCAAUAAUGAAAGUAGAUCGGCCUGUGAAAUCUGGGGGGUCAUAGGGAUCAAGACCCUCAUUGUCAUCUCCUUUGGAAAUCUGAACAUCAUUAUGAAAGUUAGCACUUUCACCACUAAUAAACUCAUCAAACAAAGCAUCAUCUUGACUUCCGUCCAACGAAUUGGAUAUACCACACUUGAGAAAUGAUCUGAUCACCAUUUCAUCACUUAUACCGUCCCAUGCAUUUAAAAUCCACGUGCACACAGUCACUAAGUCCGGCCGCUUUCUGUUUCCAUGCUUAGUGAACUCAUGCGGUCCAUCUACCAUCCACUGAUUCCAUUGGUGACGCAUAUUUACUUUGAAUGGCUUAUUUAGUGACACAUCAAGCGGCUGUAAAACUGACGUUCCAGCAGGAAUCACUGCGGUGCGCGUUUUUUUCUCACUUAAAUCCUUUUUUACAGUCUCUAACAAAUGCACUCUGAACUGAUCCCACACCAGUAAUGAUUUUUUACUUAAUCCACCUGGACGCGAAAACCACACUUUAUCUAACCACUCGCGUAACACCUUUUCAUCGACCCAUCCGUUUUGUUGCGCAAACACUAGAAUUCCUGGGGGAAACUUUUCCUUAGGAACAGUUUUCCUUUUUAACACCACCGCCGGUUUCAACUUAGUCCCAUCAGCCAUACAUGCAAGAAUGACAGUGAAAUGAGUCUUUUCAUGUCCGGUAGUUUUAAUUGAUUGGUAGGUCAGUAGGUCUAAAAAUAGAAAAACCUUGUGACAUCUCUAGAGGCCAUAUUUUUGAAUGGAUCUUCAUGAAAAUUGGUCAGAAUGUUCAUCUUGAUGAUAUCUAGGUCAGGUUCGAAAGUGGGUCACGUGCCUUCAAAAAGUAGGUCAGUAGGUCAAAUAAUGAAAAAACGUUUUGACCUCUCUAGAGGCCAUAUUUUUCAUGGGAUCUGUAUAAAAGUUGGUCUGAAUGUUUAUCAACUGGGUCAUGUGGGAAGAGGUGAGCGAUUCAGGACCAUCAUGGUCCUCUUGUUUAAACUUUUGUUCUGAGUUUCUUCCCCAUAAAUUCCAGGAAUAAGUCUAUUUUUAGAUUUUCAAUAUUUUAGGUAUUUUUCUAACAUUUUAGCUCACCUGAGCACAAAGUGCUCAAAGGUGAGCUUUAGUGAUCACCGUGUCCGACGGCCGUCGUCGUCUGUCCGACCAGCGUCAACAAUUUGACUGUUAACACUCUAGAAGUCACAUUUUUGGCCCAAUCUUAAUGAAACUGUCAGAAUGUUACCCUCAAUAAAAUCUUAGACGAGUUCGAUAUUGGGUCAUCUUGGGUCAAAAACUAGGUCACCAGGUCAAAUCAAAGGAAAAGCUUGUUAACACUCUAGAGGUCACAGUUUGGCCCAGUCUUAAUGAAACUUGGUCAGAAUGUUUUACUUAAUAAAGUCUUGGACGAAUUUGAUAUUGGGUCAUCUGGGGUCAAAAACUAGGUCACCAGGUCAAAUCAAAGGUAAAGCUUGUUAACAGUGUAGAAGCCGCAUUUAUGACUAUAUCUUCAUGAAACUUGGUCAGAAUGUUAAUAUUGAUGAUCUUAAGGUCCAGUUCCAAUCUGGGUCAUGUAGGAUCAAAAACAAGGUCACCUGGUCAAAUCAAAGGAAAAGCUAGUUAACACUGUAGAGGCCACAUUUAUGACCAUAUCUUAAUGAAAGUUGGUCAGAAUGUUAAUCUUUGAUCUUUAGGUCAGAUUUAAAUCUGGGUCAGCUGGGGUCAAAAACUAGGUCACUAGGUCAAAUCAAAAUGAAAAUCUUGUUAACACUGUAGAGGCCUUAUUUCUGACUGUAUCUUCAUGAAACUUAGUCAGAAUGUUAAACUUGAUGAUCUUUAGGUCAAGUUCGAAUCUGGGUCAUGUUGGGUCAAAAAUUAGGUCACGAGGUCAAAUCAAAGGAAAAGCUUGUUGACACUCUAGAGGCCACAUUUAUGACUAUCUUCAUGAAACUUAGUCAGAAUGUUAAACUUGAUGAUCUUUAGGUCAAGUUCGAAUCUGGGUCAUCUUGGGUCAAAAACUAGGUCACAGGGUCAUAUCAAAGGAAAAGCUAGUUAACACUUUGGAGGCCACAUUUAUGACCAUAUCUUAAUGAAACUUUGUCAGAAUGUUAAUCUUGAUGAUCUUAGGUCAAUAGGUCAGGUGAGCGAUACAGGGCCUUCAUGGCCCUCUUGUGUAUUAUAAUUCCUAUGUAAAAAGUAAAUACAUUUUUCCGUGGUAACAUGGGUCGGUAAGACACUUUUUUGUAUUCACUUUUAGUGUAUCUCUAAUAUAAGAGAUUUUUUAUAUUUACUAGUAUUACUAUACUAGUAUUAUACUAGUAUUACUUAUAUGUGGAAGCCCAUGAUGAAGUACUCCAAAGACGAGUAAAAUUCUUUUUAAGUAUUAAGCUUUUUUUGACAUUUUCAUCCCCUUAAUGCAAAAAGGUACCAUGAGCAUAUGAAUAAAGAAGGCAUUUGGUACCUUUUUGCAUUAAGGGGACGUUUUUAUAUUAUUCUAAGUAUUUUUAAGAUUUAUGGUUGCCAUUCUUCUGUGACAAGACCAUAUGGUGGGGGGUAUGAGUCACUCCUGUGACAGUUCUAGUUAAAUAUAUAUUACAUAAAAACAAAACACUGUGACAUACGACAUAAUGUUACAAUGCAAGAAAAGGAGAGUACAGGCUGUAUGAUAAACAUGACACAAUUACUGUUAGCUUACAAAUAUUGCAUUUACAUGUAGGUGUGUUUAGGAAGAUAAUAAUUUCCUUUCUCAAAUAUAUCUAAUUUACAGAUUUGAUACACUGUGGUAGUUAUAUUGUUUCCAGUGACACAUGAUUUGCUCAUCUUAGAGCAAAAUACACUCAAAAGUGAGCUAUUAUGAUCGCCCUGUGUCUAUGUCUGUGGCCAACAACUUUGGCACAAUUAAAAAAAGAAAGACUUGUGUCAGAAGGUUACCCUUAAUCUGGGACAAGAUUUUACCUUUGUCAUAUAAAUCAUAAAAAUAAGAAUAGUCAAUUAGUAGGAAACAUUGUUGAAUCCCCGAACUGCAGACGGAUAGCUCGGUGGUUUGCACACUGGCCUUCCAAUCCAGAGGUCUGGGGUUCGAUGCCCAGCAGCUACUCUGGAAUUUUCAGAAACGCUUUUCAGUGUUUCCACCCAACUAGAGGUGUACUGGUCGGGAACCCAGGCAAUCCUUGCGUGUAUCUGUGCUAUACACUGGGCAUGUUAAAGAACCAGGCUGUCUAUUCGCAACGAGCUAGGCUAAGUUAGACGGACAAGCCUGUAUCUGAUUUCUGAUCUCUCUGUCAUGGGGGCAUUGUCUCACUCUGUCCCUCUGGUCAGAUCGCUCUGUGUCUGUACUAGUAGAGGAUGAAUUAUGCGCCCUGUGUGGCUGCAUUUGAACUAUGUAAAGCGUCUUUGAACGUGAAAUUGAUCAUGAAAAGGGCGCUAUAUAAAUCUGGUAUAAUAAUAAUAAUAAUA